GAGGCUGAGAAACAUGCGAAGGAACUGAUAGCAGAGGAAGAGCGACGUAAGGAGAAAACAGAGCGGAACAAACGUAAAAAAAUGCGUAAAAAAGAAAAGAAACGGUUAGAAAAGGAGAAUGCAGUUAAAGACAUUUUACCUGAGGAAGAACAAGCAAAGUCAGACUCCUCAGAAAGUCAGGAAGAAAAACCUAUAAUUGAGAAUAAUGCGGAAGCAAAUGAAUCUCCUGAAUGUGCUAAAACUCAGAAUGCAACCCGAGGCUGCUGGAUGUGAUGACAGCGGCGGUAAUAAUAAAGAAGAAAAUCUUAUCACGAAAAAUAAGAAAGAAGAUGAGGACCAAAAGGAUUUGGAUUUAAAUAAUUCAUAUGCUUCUCAAGCUAAAUCGGUGCCUGAGGAGACGUGUAACCAGAAGUCUUCAAAAGAAAGAAAAAAGGACAAAAGUAAAUUAAAGGAAGUUCAGCCGCUCAAGGAGGAAAAGCCAAAAAUUGUGGACAAACCUGAAGCUCAGAAGAAAAAGGAAGAGAAACCUGAACCUAAUAAAGAGAAAACUGUGGCUUCAACUGCAGAAGAAUAUGCAAAAAGAAGCCGAGAGCUGGCCAGUACAGGAAAUCGUUUGGCGGCCUCUGGACAGUAUGAGAUGGCAGUGAAAUGCUUUACUGAUGCCAUAAAAUUUAACCCAAAGGAAUUUAGAUUGUUUGGAAAUCGGUCCCUCUGUUAUGAAAGAAUGCAGCAGUAUGAAAACGCUCUCCGGGACGCUGAUCUAGCUCUCUCCAUGGAACCAAACUGGAUAAAAGGUUUAUUUAGGAAAGGAAAAGCUCUGUGCGGGCUCAAGAGAUACUACGAGGCCUCGCUGAUCUACAGGGAGGUGUUGAAGGUGGACAGUUCGAGCGCCGAAGCCACGCAAGAGCUGAAACGAGCGCAGACGCUGCACCUCAUGGAAAUGGGUUUCAACUGGGCACAGAGCACCGAGGCCUUGAAAACUCACGCCACAUUAGAGGAGGCCGUUGAAGCUCUGUUUGGUGGCGACUGUAACCGGGGUUGUGGAGAUGCCGGGGCCAAAAAGGACAACAUAGACCAACCAGUGGUACAGGAAGAAGACGAUGAUGAUGGAGAGUGGAUUGUCCUACAAACGAGCCGUCCUAGAAUGCAGCAGGUCAGAGAGUCUGAUGCUCAGGCCCAAAGCAGAUCAAAAUCUCAGUCGCCAACCCCUCAUUCAAGGAAUUCUGUGAAACCGGAGCUUUUCUCCAUCUGGGUUGGAUCCUUGGCUCCUGCUGUCACCUACGCAAUACUCCACGAGCUCUUCAGCAGAGUUGGGGCAGUCUACAGCAUCAAGAUGCUGCUGGAACACCAAUGUGCCUUUGUGAACUACACGAGGAAGGAGGACUGUGAGAGAGCCAUCCAGGCUUUUAAUGGAAUGGUGGUAGAGGGAGCUCCACUGUCUGUGCGAUACCCUAGCAAAGGCGCUGGUUUCGGCCAUGGCCCGUACAAGAAGGAGUGUUUUUUCUGGAGGACCACAGGCUGCACAAGGCAGGACUGCACCUACAGACAUGUCCCAGAGCACAAGAACAUCGACAAGGACAAAUUCACCAGCAGACUGGCACAUGUUAACAUGUAGGAAAUCAACUGUGUUGGUGCUGACCUCGGGCCUGUUCAUAGUCACCUCUGUUCUGGUCUCAGCUUUGGUUCAAUUGUAAAUAGGAGAAAUUGUGUUUGGAUUUAACAUUCUGUUGCAGUUAUGAACAUGUUCGCACCGUGAUGGCCCACCACUGUUGCAUGAAUACAAAGAAUGCACCAAACUAUAUUCUACUACUGUAUCAUAGUAAGAAUUCAUGUGCCUUUUAUAGAUACUUAGCUAUGAGCAUUCCUUUGCAGUUUUGUCAGGGAUUAUUUCUGAUCUAAUCUGUUUAAAGAUUGUGUUAAAACACUUGAUUUUUACUUCUUUCUUUCAUUUGAUUUGUUUUAAAGCAGAUGAAACAUUUUUCUGUUGACUCUGUCACCACUAGGUGGCAGCAGUACUUUUAUCCCUGAACUUUAGGGCAACAAACUGUUCUGCUUUCAUUUUAAAGGCUGUGAUUGAUGCUACAGGCACAUUUAAUGUGCUGCAUUUUGAUUUUGAAUAUGUGCUCUGUAAUCAGAUUGGUGCCUGGGGCAUUGAGUAUGUAAUAUGUGUGGUGUAACAAAUGAUUCAACACCGUAGUUGUGUACAUAGUAUAUAAAUUUCUGUCUGUUGGAGGAUCUGUUUAACUCGGGUGAUGUUUGGAUGCAAAUUGUCAUACAGUAAAUGCCUUUUAGUAGCA